GACAGAGGGGACAGUGUCAAGAGAAGCUUGGAGCUGGGGGAAGAAGGGGGAGACAGGUGGGAGCAGAGGUGCUCAGGGCAAUGGCAGAGGCCAUCACCUAUGCAGACCUGCGGUUCGUGAAGGCUCCCCUGAAGAAGAGCAUCUCCAGCCGGUUAGGACAGGACCCAGAGACUGAUGAGGAUGAGGAACUCACCUACGAGAAUGUACAAGUGCCCUCAGUCUCAGGUGGGCCCUUGAGCUCGGCUUCUUCUGGAGUAGGGGGCAAAGCAGGGCUCCAGUUAGAGCAGCCAACUGCUUCCUGGAGCUCCGUGACGUCACCAGCUGCCGGGAGGCUCCUCGCGGGCGGCGCAGCCUGUACGCAGUACCUCUUUCUCGGCCUGCUCCUCACCUGCCUGCUGUUAGGGGUGGCCGCCAUCUGCCUGGGAGUGCGCUAUCUGCAGGUGUCUCAGCAGCUCCAGCAGACGAACAGUGUUCUGGAAACCACUAACAGCAGCCUGACACAGCAGCUCCACCUAAAGAUAACCCAGCUGGGGAAGAAGGAAGAGGAUCUGCAGGAGUCCAGGAGGGAACUAGCCCAGAGUCAGGAAGCACUACAGGAGGAACAGAAGGUUUGCCAGGCUACCCAAGAGCAGUUACAGGCCUGCUGGUCUGAGAAGGAGAAGACAAAGGAGGCCUUGCAAAGUAAGGAGGUGCAGAGGAUGACCUUGGAGCAGAGGCUGAGCAGCAUGCAGGACACACUGAAGCCCUUAUUCACAUGCCCCUCAGCAGAUACCUGCUGUCCCGUGGGAUGGAUACUGAACUGGAGGAGCUGCUUUUACAUCUCAUAUACGGAGAGAAGUUGGGAGGAGAGCCAAAACCAUUGUAAAUCUCUGUCCUCUGACCUGGCCGCAUUCAGUGACACUUAUUCUUUUUCACUUACAAACUCCAACAGUGCAAGGAAGAUGUUGACACAAAUUAGUCCGCCU